GUGGUUUGCAGCGAGAUGAGGGUCCACGACGAUACGGAUCCCAAGUUCAGUGCGAUGGGGAAGUCGAAAUUGGCCAUGAAGCGGCCCAGCACCGUCGUAUUCCGCGAAAAUCCCAACAAAGCGCAGAAAACGAACGAUGACAACACAGUCGCGAAUGCGACGAAGAAUAGCGACAGGACGAACAUUAGCUUGCACCAGCGGAGAAAAUCGCUACCCGUUUAUAUACUCCGUAAACGGCUGUUAGACGAGAUACGUCGGCACAGUACUCUGAUUAUAAUAGGCGAAACCGGCAGCGGUAAAAGCACGCAGAUUCCACAGCUGUUACUCCAGGCCGGGAUUGCUGGAUCAUCCGGUUGCAUCGGCAUCACGCAACCACGGAGGAUAGCGGCGGUCAGCAUAGCCCGUCGGGUUGCACAGGAACAAGGGGUGAAACCUGGAAAAUUGGUGGGCUACUGUGUUCGUUUUGAAGAUUGUACUUCAUCACAAACGAGAAUCAAAUAUCUGACGGACGGCAUGAUGGUUCGAGAGGCGAUGACCGAUGAGAUUCUGUCGGAUUACUCGGUAGUGAUACUGGACGAAGCUCAUGAGCGAUCUGUGCACACCGACGUUUUAUUCGGGGUGGCGAGACGAGCGCAGAAUUUGCGCAAAUUGAAGAAUUUACCGCCCUUAAAACUUUUAAUUAUGUCGGCCACAAUGGACCCCGUUAAAUUCAAGGAGUAUUUCCAGGCACCGGCGUUGUAUCUAGAGGGCCGUCAGCAUCCCUUGAGAAUUUUUCAUGCCGUCUCCUCGCAACAGGAUUACGCAUUCGCUGCGCUAGCCACGGCGUUUCAAAUUCACCGCGAAGCACCCGCAAAUGAGGAUAUUCUCAUCUUUUUGACCGGUCAAGAAGAAAUAGAAGCGGCUACAAUAGCCGCUCGACAAGUGGCUAAACAAUUAGACGGACAGGAGUAUCCGCCUCUGAAAGUCUUUCCUUUGUACGCGGCACUGCCUACUCAUCAGCAGUUGGAAGCUUUUAAAGCUUCGGCGCCCGGAAUGCGGAAAUUAAUAUUAUCGACAAACGUCGCCGAGACAUCUGUCACGAUUAGCGGAAUUCAUCACGUGAUCGAUACCGGUGUGGUCAAAGCGAGAACACAUCACCCAACAACGGGAUUAGACGUAUUGAGGGUUGAGAAAAUUUCACAAGCUCAAGCCUGGCAAAGAGCAGGUAGAGCUGCUCGCGAAGCAUCAGGCAAGUGUUAUAGAGCUUAUACACGAGAAGAAUUCGAAAAGAUGAAGGAUAUGCCAAUACCAGAAAUUCAAAGAUGUUCUCUCGCGGGAGUCGCUCUACAACUGCUCGCUAUCGGCGUUGACAUUACCACCUUCGAUUUCAUGGAUAAACCGCCCAAGGAGAGCAUAGACGUGGCCGUGAACUGUUUAGAAAAGCUGGGUGCAGUUAAAGGAUCUCCACCACAGUUGACUACACUCGGCCGAACGAUGUCACUUUUCCCGUUAGACCCUCGAUUUACCAAAGUGAUCCUCGCGUCGGUGGAACACAGGUGUUUGGAGGAAGCACUGACGGUUAUUGCUUUAUUAUCCGGAGAAUCGAUUUUCAUGGAUCCGCCUACGAAGAGAGAACAGGCUUACAAUGCACGUUCACGAUUUGCCUCGCCUGAGGGGGAUCACGUAACGUUGUUGAAUGUGUUCCGAGCAUACCAAAGCACCGCGCAGAAGAAGGUGUGGUGCCAUGAGAACUUCUUGCACCAUCGAAAUCUGGAAUACGGGUCGGAAGUGAGGCAACAGCUUGCGGCGUUGGCGGAACGUGCGAAUUUGGAGAAGGCGAGCUGCGGAACGAAUACGAAGCAACUUAGAAAAGCUUUUCUCGAGGGAUUAUACGAGAACCUCGCUGAGCUGCAAAGGGAUCAGACGUAUGUCACGGUGUACUCGAAGCAGCCGGUAACCAUACACCCUUCCUCGACGUUGCACGGUACGAAGCCACCGUUACUGCUAUUCACUGAGGUCGUAGCCACCGGGAGAUGUUACCUUCGCGGUCUGUCUGUCAUCGAUCCGGCGUGGUUGACGCAAAAGAACAUCGGCUCUGGGAAACGCGACUGACGCAAUUUUUUAUCUUACGUUUUAUUUAUACAGAUCUUAUUUUUGUUGACGUAAAGUGGAACAAUUGAGGCCACUGAGUAAUGAGAACGAUACAGUGAUCUUUUCGAAAUUGAUAAUACGAGAAUAUAAAAAAGAUUACUGCAUAUGUUUUACGUGUAUAUUUAUUCAGCGGUUUCAAUUACGCCACUUAGCUCUCUCUCAUAAGAGCGCAAUUUUGUUGUAGAUAUAUAUGUGAUUAAGAAUCAUCUUUUCUACUACUUGUACACUUU